AUGUCGGCGCAACUUGCAAAUCUAGUGGGCAAGAAGAUUCUCGCAGAAUCCGCCCGGAAUCAUUUUGGACAAGAGGACCCCUAUUUCGAAGAGGUUCCCGCGUCACGCUUGAAUCGCGCCUUCGGGAAGAAAACACAAAAGCGACGCAAAGCAGUCCCUCCCGGCCUGUCGCAGAACGACAGCAAGGUUCUGACGCAAGUGAAAAGAAGAGCAUAUCGCUUGGACUUAUGUCUCUUUAGCCUGUGUGGAAUCCGAUUCGGAUGGGGAAGUGUUAUAGGUCUAUUCCCAUUUAUUGGAGAUGGAGCAGACGCAGCAUUGGCUUUAAUGGUGGUGCACACCUGUGACAAAAUCGACGGGGGCCUCCCAUCGCGGCUGCGAAUGAUGAUGCUCAUGAAUAUCGUGAUCGACUUCUUUAUCGGCCUGGUUCCUUUCAUUGGUGACGUUGCUGAUGCCGUGUACAAAUGCAACACGCGGAAUGCCGUGCUUCUGGAAAAACAUUUGCGGGAAAAAGGGGCCAAGGCGCUUGCCAAACAAGAGAGGAGGCAGGAUACAGCGGAUAUGAGCUUGCCGGACGAGUUCGACCGCUAUGACGAUGAUACUUCGGGUGAGCCAUCUAGCCACAAAGGCCAGCCGCACAGUAGGAACACUGAUGGACCAGCGAAGCCUCAAGCAGCACGGGAUCCCAAGAAAAGCCGUUCACAAGGCAGAUGGUUCGGAGGAAGAGCCCAACCGGAGGAUGACCUUGAGACUGGAGUGAUCGAUAACUCCCGGCCCUCUCGGCGGCAUUGA